AUGGCUAAUGUAUUCCUCGUCAGUAGCAGAAACAGAAGAUCAAUACGAACAACAUCAGAUUUAAAACCCAAGAAUAUUACGGUGAAGAGAUCCGAGUCUUCUUCUUCAGACAACAGUUACUCAUGCAAGAAGCAUCCGAAGCACAGACAAUCUCCUGGAGUCUGUUCCCUCUGUCUGAGCGAGAGUCUCUCCAAGCUGUCUCUCGAUUUCCAUGAUUAUAGUUCAGGUAUGAGCUCAUCUUCUUCAAGAAACGUGGCGAAAACGGCGUCGUCUUGCUCCUCCGCUUCUUCGGAAUCAGAAUUAGAUUACUCUUCGACGGCCAUCUCUUCUUAUUACUCUUCUGUCUCUUCUUGUUUGUCUCCUCUCCAACAACGUUACAGUGAGAUCGUCGUUAAUAAUAAGAAGAAAAAGAAGCAUACCAAGAAACAAAACUUCCUCUCCAGAUUAUUUCUGUAA